GCCGGUGGCGCGCGCCCAUGGAGCCGGGCGGCUCGCGCCGCCUCAGCGCGGCGGAGCUGCUGGCUGCCCGCGCCCGCACGGCCGCGCCGCGCCCGCACGGCCAGAAGGACUUCGCCCCCGACGGCUCGGAGGAGCAGGCGGAGAAGCUGCGGCGGUGCCGGGAGGAGCAGUGGCGGCUGCUGUGCGAGGAGCGCGUGGAGCGGCUGGGCAACCUGGUGAAAGCUGAGUGGAAGCCAGGACGGGGCAUCGUGGAGCUGCAGUCCCCUGCGGGGAAGUUCUGGCACACCAUGGGGUUCACAGAGCAUGGCAAACAGUGUCUGCUGCCUGAGGAAGCCCUGUACCUGCUGGAGUGUGGCUCUGUUCAGCUCUUUUACAGAGAUCUGCCCUUGUCAAUCCAGGAAGCCUAUGAGAUCCUGCUGUCCCAGGAGGCAAUGAGCCUGCCGCACUACCAGGUAUUCAGCCACUUGAAGCAACUGGGUUAUGUUGUACUGAGAUUCAACCCCAGCACUGUCCUGUCUCCCUACGAGAGGCAGCUGAACCUGGAGAGUCAUUGCCAGAGCUCUGGGAAACACCAUCGCAAAAGGAGGAGGAGUUCCAGCCCUCGAUCACAUGAGAAGAAGCAUAAAGUAUCUGAGGGCCUUCCAGAAGCUGAAGGGACCUCCGAAAAGGCUGGUGAUGGCUGUGGAGAUGCCAGCUACCUCCCUGUGGAUGAGACCCCUUUGUUAGAGCAGCCAAAGGAGUCGGACGCUGGCAGUGAAGGAGAAGAGUCAGCUCCAGUUCGUCCCGAUACAGGACAAGAUACAGGCCGAGGAAGGGACUCUCCCAGCCCCUCCAGGAUCCGGGCUGGAGAUCACAGGGAGAGCAGCCCUGGCACCCGUGCGCCCCGCUGGGAUUUUACCACCAUUGUCUUGCCGAACCUGGCUCCAGACCAGCCAUGCACAUGGCUCCCCUCACCUGACAAGGAGCUCCUGCCGGAGAACGUGCCGGGGCGGGAAGUUGAUGCUGCUUGCUGGUGCAGACGCAUCAAUCAGAAGCGGGAAAAGCUGUCACGAAAGGAAAGGGAGCAACGGGAGAGGGAGAGCAGGUACAAGAGCAGUGUCAAUGCAGACAGGGAGGUGAGGUGCUGCUCCAACUGGCAGGAGUACAAAGUCCUCCUGAAGCAGAGGAGCCAGCGGAAGGUUUGGAGACGACCACCACAUCUCUGGGACCAAGCUGUCACUCCACUUUUGCGGCCGGAUGAAGCCACCUCAUCAGCUGCUGUCCUCCAGCAGAUCAGUGUGCUGCAGCCCUCCCACAUCCUGGAUGGAGCCUCCCGGCUGCAGAAGGACACAGAGGGCAUGACGAUAGACUUCAAUGUGUAUCAAGCAGAUGCCGUGGCCAAGUUUAAGAAGACGAACCCUGGAAAGCCGUAUGUCAGGAUGUGUGUACGGAGCUUUGACGAGCAGAUUCCGUCCCUCCGAGCUUUGAAGCAGGUCACGUAUCAGAGUGGGGACGUCCCGGUGGUCUUUGCACUGGUGGACCACGGAGAAAUUGCCUUUUAUUCCCUAAAGGAAUUCAAGCUGCCAGUUGAUGUUAAUCACUGAAGUUGCUGUCACAUGCAGAAGUGAUGGGGGGUGAAAGGGAGAGCUUUAUUCAAGAUUUGCUUUCUUUAUUAAUGGAAUAUUAUGGAAAAUAGAGCCUAUGAUAACUAA